AUGGCAUUCAGGAGGCAAGUGAAAAACUUUGUGAAAAAUUACUCAGAUGCUGAAGUAAAAGUCAGGGAAGCAACUUCGAACGACCCUUGGGGUCCCUCUAGUUCUCUGAUGUUAGAUAUCAGUGACUUGACGUUCAACACAGUUUCUCUCUCAGAGAUUAUGAAUAUGCUGUGGCAGAGACUCAGUGACCAUGGGAAGAACUGGCGCCAUGUGUAUAAAUCCCUUACGCUAAUGGACUAUCUCAUUAAGAAUGGAUCAAAGAAAGUCAUCCAGCAUUGCAGAGAGGGGUUCUGUAACCUUCAAACACUAAAAGAUUUUCAACACAUAGAUGAAGCUGGAAAAGACCAAGGUCAUUACAUUCGAGAGAAGUCUAAGCAAGUCAUAACAUUGCUGAUGGAUGAACAGUUGCUAUAUAAAGAGAGGGAAGUGGCAUGUCGGACUAGACGGCGAACCUCCUACUCUAUGACAUUUCCUAAAAAAUUACCUGGUACAGGUAACUCACCAACAGCAUGUGCUUCUGCCCCUACACCAGAAGUUCCUGCUUCAGAGAAGAAGCAUAAGCUUCUUAUGGUUGCAAGGCUACGUAAUAAAAAAAACUCUUCCAAGGCGGGAUUGAAACAAGAGCAGUGCCAAGACGGUCUGUUGCCUACAGGAACUGUGUUGUCCCAGGAAACACUUCCAUUCAAGAUUAAUGCUUGGAAAUCAACAGAAGACCUGAUACUAUUUUAUGAUGAAGAUCCAAAGCCACUUUUGCCAGCAAUACCUCCUUACGUUAUCCCUUCAACUACGUUGUUGUCAGAAGAGGGACCAGCAGUUUGUAACCUCUUGGAUGCAGACAUUCUGCCUACUUCUUCAGAAAAAAGCCCAUCUCUGCAGACAAAUGUGAGUUUGGACAAGAGAUCAGACAGUACCAAUACCGUUAUGAACACUGUAACAGAAGACCCCUUGCAAACACCUCUAGAAAAGCAAUCAGCUGCAAAAAGUUUUGAAACAUUGAUAACUUUACCAGCAUUUUGGUCAUCAAGUAAAGAAUUUAUCAGUCACAAUUUAAGGAUAUCUAAGUCAGAUUCUACUUUCCAUAACCAGACCUCUGUAGAAACACUCUAUGUCUCUCCCUCUUUCAAAAUAUUUGACCCAGCAAAGGAGAUUGUGAUCAGUAAGGACUGUCAUAAACCAACACAAUCCAGCAUUGUGCAGUUGGAUGAUGAAAACCUCAAGACAACUACGUGGGUUUCAACUACCUCUGAGGAACCAUCUUCCUUUUCUACUUUAUCCAUGUCAUCUCCUGAUUCAUCCUCUCCGGAGAAGUCGGUUCAUCUCUUACCCCCAAUUCUGGCCAGACGUUCCUUCUGGACUUUGCCCCAUCAACAGUUCUCUUUUGCUCCCUUUAAAGAUGGAGAUAAGACAACCAAGGUUCAUCACCCCUUUGCUCCUAGGGGCCCAUUGUCUUCUGAUGAAGAGGAAAAUGGCAACCUCAACAAACUGGAAACUCUUCCAGAUAACUCUGAUUCUGCUAAAAAGACAAGUCAUGUAUCUAGCAAUAACUGGGUAGAGUUUUCCACCCAAAAUGUAGACCACUUCACCUCUCUAUCUUGUUCUAGUUUUCCAACAACCAAAGGCCUGCCCAGGGAACCUGAAGCAAACAAUUCCAUUAUGGUUCUUCUAGGGGAGGUCAAGAGUGCAAUAGUUCGACUCCAUGAAGACCUGAGCACAGUGAUACAGCAGCUUGGUGCCAUCAGCAGCCAUCUGGGAAGCACAAGUGGGAAUAGUCCACCAAAAAUCCAAUCUUUGCAGGUCCCCCAGUUUUCUGAGGGGAGCUCAGAUCAAAUCUAAUCAUCUCAAUAGCCAUUUUUGAUAGAGCUCAUGUAGUUUGACUCCUCAAAGACUUAAGUUAACAUUUUUAUAGAGUUGCAUUACUAUGGUAAUAAGGUGGGGAGUGAUGGUUUAAUUUUUCCUUGUUAGGUUAUUAGCAAGUGUCUUUCAAACCAAUAAUUUCAUUUGAGUGGUUUAUUUUUUAAAAGAGAAAGAUGUCUCCUUUGAUAAUUUCAAGUUUAGGUAUUAGUUUAUUUGAAAGUGAAGAGAAUUUCACUCCUCUGCACUUUACCUCAAAAUGGGUUUAGCAUUAGUGGAAGUUGUAGCAAGACCUCACCCUGCAAAUGACCAUUAGAGAGUUCUGCUUCAUUGUUCACAAGCCCUGCAGUGACCCAGGGGGAUUAAGUUUGGGGUAUAUGUUUCACUGUUCUCUUCCAAGUUUCAGGUUCUGCGAACCAAGGGCCAGAAAUCUUCUUUUCCUUUUUUCAGAUGCCACAAUGUUGGAAGCUAAGUUGAAACAAGUAGGCCUGGAACAGUUGUUUGUUAAUGUACAUUACAAAAUGAAUUCAAACACAUUCUUUUUUUCCUUCCA